AUGGCGAACCCAGGCAGCAGGACGCAUCGAGCUUCUCUCAAGACCAAUACCCAAGUCGUUCUGGUCGUCUUGGUUACUCUGGUCGUCCUGGUCGUAGCAGCGAAGGCCAUGGAUGUGGGACGACCACCCGACACCCCCACGACCCUCGGUAUGGUGGCUUUUCUCAGAGAUUUCAUCCGCCAUUACCAUUUCGAUCACGUUAACUUCUUCACGACGCUACGGGAGAGAGACAGGCUUCAUCUCCUGGCCCUUCAGCCGCUGCAGAUGAGUUUCCGAAAGGUGCCUGAUGACGCAACACUCUGGCAGGAGGAAUCGCCGUUUUCUGCGCACAAGAUCCUGAAUAUCGUGUUGGUGGAGAGUGUGGAUUGGCUCCGCUUCGCUAACGCCACACGACCUCAGAAUGGAGUAAACUGGCUUGUCAUUGGCGAACAUGUCCACGCAAUGGAUACUCUCAGUCUGCCUCUCAAUAACAAGGUGACGUUCGCGGAGCCCGAGGGCGGAGCGGUGUCUGCGCAGACGCGGGCGGAGAUGGGCGCCGUGGCUCGCGUGGCGCUCGUCGAGGUGUACAGGGCGGGGCCGUCCGUGGGGCCCAACGUGCAGGUGGUUGGGCACUGGGAAUCUGGAGGCGGCGGAAGGACGCUCCUGCGCGCCCCUGCAGAGGACAGGAGCGAGCGACGGUUCGACCUCAUGGGCGUCGAGCUGCGCUGCCUGACGCACGAGUGGCCUCCUGUGACCAUCAACCAGCUUGUGGACGAGUCUGGCACCCAAGAGGUAACCGGUUGGAUGGGCGGCGCCUGGGACGUUCUCAAGGAGCGACUGAACUUCACCUCGACGUGCCGCCGCCCUCGAGACGAAGACUGGGGCACGCUGACGGAGGGCCGCUGGUCGGGCAUGGUCGGCGAGCUGGCGGAGGGCCUCGCCGACGUGAUCGUGGCGCCCCUCGACUACACCGUCGCCAGGAGCCGCGUCGUCGACUUCGUCAUCCCGGUCGUGCAAGUUCGUUACAUCAUGGUAGUCCAGCGGGCGAACCAGCUGGCGGGCGUGUGGGAGAGCUACACGCAGGAGUUCGGGUGUAAGAGCUGGGCGGCGGUGGUCCUUUUCCUCGUCCUGUGUCCCUGUGUCCUCUCCCUCGUGUCCAAGUCAUCCCCCAGCGAGUCCACGAGGGUCACGCUCCUCGAUGCCGUGACCUGUACCCUCGGGUUUCUGGGCCAGCAAGGCACCUCCCUGAGUUUCACGAGCGCCCCCAGCCGCAUCUUCUUCCUCGCCUCCUUCGUCACGACGGUCCUCCUGUACUGCCACUACACGAGCGCCCUCUUCUCGUCCCUGGCCAUCACCACGAACAGCCAGCCCUUCAGGGACCUGCGGGGAAUCCUCGAAAACGGGAAGUACAGGUUCGGAUUCACUGAAGGAAUCUCCGUCGAAAAUGACUUCAAGGAUUCGGCCAACUACCUGUACCAGCAGGUGUGGCAUAGGCUUGUCAUGCCCCCUCCCUCAGGCCUCAUGCACGAUGACGCCGCCGGCCUCGCUCGGGUUCGGCAGGAGAAGUACGUGCACAUGAUGGACAGAACCAACUUCGUGUACCUCACCCGCGGCGAGUGUGACCUGGAGAUGCUCCCGAGGCCUCUCUUCUCCUACCCCUCCGGCAUGGCCUUCAGGAAACGCUCGCCCUACAAGGAGGUUUUCUCGAGGGCAUUACUCACCCUAAUGGACUCAGGCGUGACAAAGAAGCUGAUAGACAAAUGGCAGCCGAAGACGAGCUUGUGCAAAAGCCUGGACAUACAGCCAUUAACUCUCACCCACGUUUUUACUGCCUUCCUCCUCCUGGGCGCCGGCAUGUUCCUCUCCUUCAGUAUCCUGGCGGGGGAGGUCCUCUACAAGAACCUCCAGCAGGGUACUUCAGCGAAGAUCUCUUGGAGACGAGAAAUUGAACAGAAAAAGAGUGGAAGAGAGGAAGGUAUAAAUAACGACGGACUGAGGACAACCCAUCGUUUAACAUGGUUUGAUCGCCCGGGGUUUAAAAAGCGUGUUUAAGGGUUAUAUUUAUUAUAUGCACAUGUAUUGUAGAAAUACAAUAUGAGUAGAGUUGAUCAAACAUCUUCUGUGAACUGUUAUUCUUAAGGUAAAAUUAUGGUACGGACAUCGAUCAUUCUCCAAAAGCUGCCAACGCCUUUGGUAAUGUAGUUUCAAUAUCUACAGUAAUACUGUUUGAUAGAGAUGACCGAACAUUUUUAUUGUGAAAUGUGUAUUGUUGUUUUCUCUUUUGUGAUUGCGCUAUUUUCAUUAGGCUAAAACCAGAUAUUUGCGGCAGGGAAGUUGCUGUUU